AUGGCCUGUGACGAACCCACUGCUCUCUCGGGCAUCUUCACGCGCCAGAACUCUGCCAGCGCCGUCUCUCUGGACUUCGAACCUGACACCGACUACAACUUUGUUGAAACCUUAGAAGAUCGGUACAAGUGCGCCUACUGCCACCUCGUCCUCCACAAUCCCCACCAGACAGGAUGCGGUCACCGAUUUUGCCAGCAGUGCAUUCUUUCUUUGAGAGAGUUGAAUGCAGUACCCACCUGUCCUGUCGACAAAGAAACAAUAAAAAUGCACGAGGUAUUCAAAGACAACUGCUGUAAAAGAGAAGUUCUCAACUUGCAUGUGUUUUGCAAAAACAUUCCUGACUGCAAUUCAAAAAUAAUUCUGGGACGAUAUCAGGAGCAUCUUCAGCAGUGUUUGUUUGAAAGCGUGCAGUGUACUAAUGAUGGAUGUUGUGAUCAAAUUCUUCGGAAAGACUUGAAAGAGCAUUUGAGCCAGCACUGUAAAUUUCGAGAAGAAAUGUGUCAGUACUGUAAUAAAUAUGUGGUGUUAAUUAACAGAAAGAAUCACGAGAAAAAUGACUGUCCUGAUUAUCCUGUGCCUUGUCUCCAAAACUGUUCACAGAUAAUUCUGAAGAAGGAGAUUGAAAAGCACCACGCGGUGUGCCCUGAGGCAGAAGUGGACUGCCCGUAUAAGCAGUACGGCUGUCUUGUAAAGGUUAAAAGAGGGAAACUUGCCGAACAUGAAAAUGGCGCCCUGAGGGAACACAUGCUGCAGAUUUUAGACAAGAACUCCCGGCUGGAAGAACAGAUAUCUGACCUGUAUAAGAGCCUGGAAUGUAAAGAGAUUAAAAUCCAGCAGCUGGCAGAGGCCAUUAAAAAGUGUGAGAAAGAAUUCAGACAGUUUACACAACUGUUUGGUAAAAACAGCAACUUGAUGGUAAGCACACAGGCCCUGGCCAGUCACCUGGAUAAGUCUGCGCGCCUGGAAUCACAAGUGAAACAGCUAAUACAGAUGGCAAACCAGCAACAAAGCAAAUUAGACUUGCGACCCCUGUUUGACACAAUUGAAAAUGUAAAACAGAAGAUUGCCCUGAUGGAGACAUACGAUCAGCGCUUGGUUGUUUUGGAAGGUCAGUCCAGCAAACAUGACCUCCAGAUCAAUAUUCACAAAGCACAGCUCAAUAAAAAUGAAGAACGAUUUAAGCUUUUGGAAGGCACGUGCUACAAUGGGAAAUUAAUCUGGAAAAUCACGGACUACAAGAUGAAGAAAAAAGAAGCGGUGGAAGGCCGCAUCCUCUCCAUAUUCAGCCAGCCCUUUUACACCAGCCGCUGCGGGUACAGGUUAUGUGCGAGAGCCUACCUGAACGGGGACGGCUCCGGGAAGGGAACACACGUGUCUCUCUACUUCGUAGUGAUGAGAGGGGAGUUUGACUCGCUGCUAGUGUGGCCCUUCAAGCAAAAAGUUACACUAAUGCUUUUGGACCAAAGUGGGAAAAAAAAUCACAUUGUGGAAGUCUUUAGAGCUGACCCCAACAGCAGCAGUUUCAAAAGGCCAGAUGGAGAAAUGAAUAUUGCCUCCGGAUGCCCACGCUUCGUGUCGCACACGGUCCUGGAGAACACAAAGAACACCUACAUCAGAGAUGACACUCUGUUUUUGAAAGUGGUUGUGGAUUUAACCGAUCUGGAGGAACUGUGAAAAGCCUGCCCGAUCAAUGUGACUGCUUUAACCAUUAAGAAAUGCUUUCUUGGUGACUACCAGCCAUGCAAUAGUGAAUUGCCACUAGUCAAGCUACUGAUAAUGUUUUGAGGCUUUUGGACCGCAUAACAGAUAACGAAUUGCCAAAGCAUCAGCCUUUCCUUUUAUAACCUUUUUUUUCAAGACUGCGUUUUUAAGGCAGCUAGAAGUCCAG